AUGAGAAUUUUAGUGCUCGGAUUGGAUAAUGCAGGUAAAACCACAGUAGUUAAAAAGUUUGCUGGCGAAGAUAUUUCCAAAAUACAGCCAACACUGGGUUUCAACAUUAAAACGCUAAUUCAUGGUAAGUACAGACUAAAUACUUGGGAUAUUGGUGGUCAGAAAACUAUUAGAAGUUACUGGAGAAAUUAUUUCGAAAGCACAGAUGGGAUCAUUUGGGUUGUUGAUUCAACUAAUAUAGAAAGAAUGAAUUUUUGUAACGAAGAACUACACAGACUUCUUUCCGAAGAAAGGCUUUCUGGAGCGUCCUUGCUGGUUUUUGCGAAUAAACAAGAUUUGUCAAAUGCAUUAAAACCUGAAGAAAUAGCACAUGCACUCGAUUUAUCCAGCAUAAGUAACAGACACUGGAGAAUUCAAUCUUGUUGUGGACUUGAUGGACAAGGUCUUAGUGAAGGAAUUGACUGGAUUGUAAACGAUAUAGCUGCAAAAGUAUUCUUGUUAGUCAAAGAAUCUAAUUAA